AUGGAAGAGAUGGAAGUACAGAAAAGGCUUACUUCCAAGGAUGUUCCAAGGAAGGACAAGCGUCGAGUUAAUCUUGAGAACCGGGUUGGUAAAAUUCAGCAAAGUUUUAUAUUGGAGAGAGAUUCUUACUACAGAGACAGGUUGACCUCCUUGCAAACCGAUCUGACUUCUUUGCAUCAAGGUAAUAAUGAGUUAUUUAUGCGGAAACUGAGGGACUUGGAAGAGGCAAGAGAUCUUGAACUUGUGAGACUGCGACUUUAUGAAGAGUAUAGGGUAUACAGAUCGGGAAUAGAGUUUCAAGAGGAGAUUGAGAAAACUAAAGAAGAUCAUGAGAGGUUGGUCAAAAUAUGUAAAGAGAGACUCUAUCAAAACAUCGAGAUGAAAACUAAAAAACUACAAGAAGAAAGGCUUCUUAUGGAUGUUGCAAAUAUUCAUACUUAUUCUAUGGACUACGACAGGCCGCACUAUCAAAAAAACACAAGGAGUCACACCGCAAGCGGGUGGGAAUCCUCUUCCAAUGAUUUUGGGAGAGAUACUGCAAAUGAGAGUGCCACUGAUACUGGUUUAUCGGGGUUCGGCAAUGAGAGGAGGUCAUUGAGAAGAAGAGUUGUUCUUGGAAGAGAAGGUUCCGGUCUGGAAGGUGGAAACGGUGGAAAUGCCACUAGUGGAUAUACUAGUGGUGGUAUUAACGGCGAUGGUUAUAACUAUGGUAAAAGUUAUAAUACAGAGGACUCAGAUGGUGGUCGAUAUGGUGCCAAUCCUUACGCUAGUCCUUCUGGUAGGGGUUCCCAAAGACAGAAUAAUAGUGGGGGGUACAGAACCGAUAUGAAUUCAGAUACUGAAUUUUUACAAAGUAUUGGCGAUAGUUCAGAGUUAUACAACCUGUUAUUUGGGGACAAGAACGUUGGAGGUAAAGAUGGUAACAAGUCAAGCUCGGAUAAGAAGAAGCCAAGGGGAACGCAGCGAUAUUCUAUGAAAACUGCACCACCGCUUCAAUCAUUGAAAACAGAGGAGGUCUCCGAAGACAUUGCUCUAAUAAGAGAGUUGACGGGCCAACCACCUGCACCCUUUAAGGUUGAUAAGCAAUAA